CCAUUGACCAAGAACAUCAGAAACGAACCAACAGCAAAAAUGUUCUCUUCUCUACUUUUCUGCAGUUGUUACGUCGCUUUGAUGAACGUCGGCCAUGUCCAAAGUCGGAUGGAUUACACGACGUACGCCAAUCUCUUAGCACUGCUCGCUGGCAACACCGAGCCUGUCGACAGUUACGCACGAAUUUACAAUGCCAGACCCGCAUUUUAUUAUCCAGCUGCUUACGGUCCAUACGAGUUCUACGGUGGCAACCAACCGCAGAUUAUGACGCCCACGAAUCAACUAGCAGACGAAACUGAACUUGAUUUCUUCCGUUCAGCAUCGGAGCCACGAUUUUUCGGAUUAAAGAAGAAUUUGUUGAUGUCAGCUUUGAGAGGCCCACCAGGUCCUCCUGGUCCUCCUGGUGGUGAGACUCCAGUACCUGCUCCAGCUCCGACGAAUGUUGGUCCUCCAGGCCCAGCUGGACCUACCGGUCCUGCUGGUGAAGAGGGUAAAGCUGGUCCACCAGGUCCAGCUGGUGCUGCUGGUCCUGCCGGUCCAGUAGGCCCCGCUGGUGCUGCCGGUCCGGCUGGCCCUGCUGGUCCUCCUGGCCCUGCAGGUCCCGCUGGUCCACCAGGUCCUGCAGGCCCUGCUGGCCCUCCUGGCCCAGCUGGAGCUUAGAAAAUUGUACACACUUAAAUCUAGGCAAAUGAGGUUAACUUGCAUCGUCAAAUUGACGAGCUGAUAAAAUCAACCUUUUUUUUUAUAUUGGUGUUUCUUAUGCAUGAAUGGGUUUUUGAGGGAAAGGUGAAUUCUUAGUAUCAAGUUUGAAUUUGUAUCCACUAGGCAAUGCAAUAAAUAAACAGAGCAAAACAA